AAUACAAAAUAUCAUUGCGAUUUCUUGAAAAAUAAAUAUAAAAACAAUGUUUACUACGUUUUUUUGUCUUGUAAACUUCUCUCUGUCUCCUUUCUGAAGCAGUUGUUGAGAGAGAGAGAGUUUACCCGAAGAACAGAUCCCUAUUUCUUCAUUUCUCUGCUCAUUCGAUCUUCUCUUCUCUAUCAGGUUUCUGACAUUCUCCUUUUCAAUUCAUCUCUCUUUCUUCCAACUCUUUCUCUCUCUCUCUCUCUCUCUCUCUCUCUCUCUCUCUCUCUCUCUCUCUCUCUCUCUCUCUCUCUCUUCUCUUCCUUUCUUUCUUCAUAACUCUAACUUGCCUCUUGCUUCUUCGAUUGCUCUGUUUUUUUCAAACUCAAUUCGCGAUUAGGGUUUAUCGCUUCUGAACUUCGGACUUCAAUUUUCAUUUCUCGUGUUUAUUAAGCUUUAAUUUUAACCGACUUGUUGCUUCAAUUUUCUGUUUUGAAGAUUGAAGAGAGAGAAGAAUGAUUAUCAAGCGGAACUUGAAAUCUCAAAUGCCGCCUUUGAAACGGUGUAGGCUCGGUGACUCGCUUGGAGAAGAGGACGACUGUUCUUAUGCUUCUAAGAAGAGGAAAACGAGUGGUUAUUAUUAUCCUUUGAACCUUUUGGGGGAUGUUGCUGCCGGUUUGAUUCCGGUCAGUUUUCACAGUUUGUUGAGUGCUGGUGUAUCGGAGAGGGGAUUCUCUGCGUCUUGGUGCACGCAAGUUCCGUGCUCCCCCGGUGAAGUUGAGUCGAAGUCGAAAGAGGAGAUGGUUCCGGUGAAGACAAAUCAGGUUCAGCGACCGCCAUUGGUUAGAACUUCGAGAGGGAGAGUUCAGGUUCUUCCUUCUCGUUUUAACGACUCUGUUAUUGAUGAUUGGAAGAAGGAUGGAAAAACCAGUUUGCGUGAUUGUGAAGUUGAAUUUGAAUGCAACAAGGACAGGGUAGUAGUACCCAAAACUUACAAUAACAAUGUCAGAAAAGGGCGUAACAAUGGGAAAGUUGGUUAUAAGCAACGCAAGUAUUUGGCAUUGUGUGGGGAGGAUGAUGUUACCGUGAGUGGGCGGCAUAAGAGUUUUGGUAGAAGGAACGGUUCAGCUUUGUAUGAGGAUGAAGUUGAUUUGGCUAUGGGUAGUGAUGAUAUAGUUGAAUGGAAGGAGAAUAAUGGAGAGAAGAAAGAUGGGUUAUAUGGGCCAGAAGAUUUUUAUGCCUCUGAUAUAGUGUGGGCCAAAGCUGGGAGGAAGGAACCUUUUUGGCCAGCUGUUGUGAUUGAUCCUGUCAAACAUGCACCUGAGUUGGUCCUAAGAUCUUGUAUAGCUGCUGCUGCAUGUGUCAUGUUUCUUGGCAAUGCUGGGAAUGAAAAUCAAAGGGACUAUGCAUGGGUGAAGCAUGGCAUGAUCUUUCCAUUUAUGGAUUUUGUUGACAGGUUUCAAGAGCAGCCUGAAUUGAGUAACUAUAGUCCCUCUGACUACCAAAUGGCAAUAGAGGAGGCAUUUUUGGCCGACCAAGGCUUUACAGAGAAGUUGAUGGAUGAUAUAAAUGCAGCAGCUUGUGCUACUGUUUAUGAUGAUACUAUUCUGAAAUCCUCCUUCCGAGAGGUCUGUGGUUCAAACCAGUAUGGAAGAGCAGGAAAACAUUUUCUGAACCAGGAUUUAUUUGAUAAAAAAGACUCACGAUCAUGUGAAGCGUGUGGAUUGACUCUUUCUUACAAGAUGUCAAAGAAAACUAAUGGUUUGACUCCGAAUGGUCAACUCCUAUGUAAAACAUGUGCAAGGUUAACGAAAUCAAAACAUUAUUGUGGCAUAUGCAAGAAAGUUUGGAAUCAUUCAGAUAGUGGAAGCUGGGUGCGCUGUGAUGGAUGUAAAGUGUGGGUGCAUGCCGAAUGUGACCAAAUUUCGAGAAACCAUUUCAAGGAUCUUGAAAGCACCGAUUAUUACUGCCCUACAUGUAGAGGCAAGUUUGACUUUGAGUUAUCUGAUUCAGAAAAAUCAAAGACAAAAGUCAGAUCGAACCGAAACAGUGGGCAGCUAGUGCUUUCAAAUAAGGUCAAUGUUCUCUGCAAUGGUGUGCAAGGCAUAUAUUUUCCAAGCCUACACUUAGUUGUGUGCAAGUGUGGUUUUUGUGGGACAGAAAAACAAGCUCUUAGCGAAUGGGAAAGGCACACGGGUUCCAAAUUAAGAAAUUGGAAAACAAGUAUUACUGUGAAAGACUCUAGGCUACCUUUGGAACAAUGGAUGCUGCAGGUUGCCGAAGUUCAUGCUAAUGCUCUAGUUUCCGUCAAACCUAAAAAACCUUCUUUAAAAGAAAGGAAGCAGAAGUUGCUUACCUUCUUGAAAGAGAGGUAUGAACCUGUUUAUGCUAAGUGGACUACAGAGCGCUGUGCUGUUUGUAGAUGGGUUGAAGACUGGGACUACAAUAAAAUUAUCAUUUGCAACAGAUGUCAAAUAGCUGUUCACCAAGAAUGCUAUGGAGUAUUAAAUGUUAGAGACUUUACAUCUUGGGUCUGUAAAACCUGCGAGACACCUAAAAUCAAGCGGGAGUGUUGUCUUUGUCCUGUAAAAGGUGGUGCUCUAAAGCCAACCGAUAUUGACACAUUAUGGGUUCAUGUCACCUGUGCUUGGUUUCGACCUGAAGUCUCGUUUGCUAGUGAUGAGAAAAUGGAACCUGCUUUGGGAAUUCUUAGUAUUCCAUCAAAUUCUUUUGUGAAGAUUUGUGUUAUUUGCAAGCAAAUUCAUGGUUCCUGCACACAGUGCUGCAAAUGCUCCACUUAUUUCCAUGCCAUGUGUGCAUCAAGGGCUGGUUACCGAAUGGAGUUGCAUUGUUCGAAGAAAAAUGGGAAGACAAUAACAAAAAUGGUUUCAUAUUGUGCUUACCACAGAGCUCCAAAUCCAGACAAUGUUUUGAUUUUGCAAACCCCUUUUGGGGUCAUUUCAACCAAAAGCCUUCUUCAAAAGAAAAAAAUUGGAUCAAGAUUAAUCUCAUCUAAUAGAAUAAAGCAAGAAGAGACUCCUAUUAAUAUCACUGAGCAUGACCCAUUCUCUGCUGCUCGGUGUCGUAUCCUUAAAAGAACAAAUCAUACCAGAAAGAGAGCAUCUGAUGAAGCAGUUUUUCAUCAAGCGAGGGGUCACUGCCACCAUCCUUUGGAUGCAAUACAGAGUUUAAAUGCCCACAGACCAGUAAAGGAGCCUCAAGCUUUUUCUUCUUUCAGAGAACGACUUUACCACUUACAGAGAACCGAAAAUGAACGGGUUUGCUUUGGUAGAUCUGGCAUACAUGGAUGGGGCCUCUUUGCACGUAGGAAUAUUCAAGAAGGAGAAAUGGUUCUUGAAUAUCGCGGGGAACAAGUAAGACGCAGCAUUGCUGAUUUGAGGGAGGCACACUAUAGAGCAGAAGGGAAAGACUGCUACCUGUUUAAGAUAAGCGAAGAAGUGGUGGUUGAUGCCACUGAUAAAGGGAAUAUAGCACGACUAAUCAACCAUUCUUGUAUGCCAAAUUGCUAUGCAAGGAUCAUGAGUGUGGGAGAUGAUGAAAGCCGAAUUGUACUUAUUGCAAAGACCAACGUAUCUGCUGGUGACGAGCUAACUUAUGACUACUUAUUUGAUCCUGAUGAGCCAGAUGAAUUUAAAGUCCCCUGCAUGUGUAAAGCUUCGGGUUGCAGGAAAUUCAUGAAUUAGGAAAAGAUUAUACAAAAUGAAAUGAAGAUGAUAGCACAACUGAUAUUGUUUCUUCUCCUUGAGGAGCAAAGCACUAACCCAUCCCCUUCUACAGGGAAAAUCUCACAGUUACACCAAAGCUGUAGUUUUUAUCAAACCAAAACUAGGGACAGCAAACAAAACAAAAGAAAACAAGCAUAGAUUUUGUGUGUUUUUAUUUUCCCUUUGGAUAUCCAUUGAGGUCUAAUAAAAGUUAUUAAGAUUUAGCAGCAUUUGGCUCUUGGCGUCUCUGUAAAUGUAUCAGCCAGAUAUUAGUUUUAUUUUACCUAAAUUUAAUGUUAACCAAUUUCUUCCCCAAA